AUGGCUCUCAUUGAGGUCAUCGCCAAUGAUCGUCUCGGACGUAAAGUUCGAGUCAAAUGCAGUCCAGACGACACUGUUGGAGAUCUCAAGAAGCUUAUUGCAGCGCAGACUGGUACCGAUCACACGAAGAUUCAGUUGAAGAAAUGGUAUACUAUAUACAAGGAUCAUAUAACACUCUCAGACUAUGAGAUCCACGACGGCAUGAGCUUAGAAAUGUACUAA